AUGAUUGAUAUUUUAAUUUCAAAUAUAAAUGGUCAUAACAUUGCGGAAAAUUUGCAAUCAUUCACUACUUUACCGCAUUCAGCUGGGACAAAAGCAAAUGCUAAGGUAGCUGAAAAGAUAUCAGAACUUUGGAAAGUUAAUGGCUUAGAAGAUGUGCAUUAUGUGAAAUAUGACGUACUUCUAUCUUAUCCUGACUAUGAUAAUCCUAAUCAUUUGCAUAUAUUAGAUAAGAAUGGAAAGAUUCUUUAUAAAACCAAAGGUGUCAGUCCACCACUGAUACCAAAAGAGCAAAGUGCUGAAGGUUGUCUAAUUUAUUUUCACUUAAUUGAGUAA